ACAUGGAAUAUCUCCUGAUGAUGACACUUUCACACUACAUGACGACUUAAAACAAUAUUACUCCCAGUUACCGGGAUAUAAGGCAAAAUGUAAUAAUUGUAACAAAACAUUAUCCUUCUUUGGAAAUUCGAGAUAUUUACGAGACCAUUUAAAAAAACAUUCAGUCCUUCUAACAAGAAUCCAGAGCCGAGAUGAACCAAGCAUUUCAAGUUUAGCGGCUGAUAUUACGGAUCCCUCUGCACACCGUCAAAAUCAAGAGACAUCUGGUUCGCUCGUUCAAUCAUGUAUGAAAGAAACGACAGAAAAAACAGACGCACUUAAUGAACCAAGCACUUCAAUUACAACGGGUUUUGAUACGAAUCCUACUGCAGAAUGUGAAAGCCAAGAAUCAUCUGGUUCGUCCGUUCAAUCAUUUGAACAAACGAGAAAAGAAACAAGCACAAUUGAUAAGACGGUUAUAAUGGCACUGAAAAGAAAACGCAGCAACUUUUGGAAUUAUUUCGAGGAUCUGAAUCCCUCACUGGUAAAGUGCACAACCUGUAAAAAAGAAAUUAAGGUAUCUCACAUAGGAAAUCGCAUAAAAAUAAUGAGAGUACACUUAUUUAAAAAACAUGGAAUAUCUCUCAAUAAUGACACUUGCACACUACCUGACGACUUGGAACAAUAUUACUCGAAGUUACCGGGAUAUAAGGCGAAAUGUAAUAAUUGUGGCACAACAGUAUCUUUCUUAACAAGUAUUGAAGAUUUACGAAGACAUUUAAGAAGACAUUCCACAAGUAUUCAGGGCCGAGAUGAGUAAGUACACAUUAAAAAAUUAUUAAAAUACCAAAGAUUAUCAAAUAAAUGUAAUGAUAAAAGAAUCAGUAGCUAAAGAAAAUUGAGUGAAUAAAAGUUUUUAUCGGGACAUCCAUAUAAUAUUUAUAUGCAAUUUUGAUCAUAAAUGUGCCUCUCAAAACGUGAUAAUAAUAACUUUUCCAUUAUUUCGCAUUUAAUUUAAAUAAAUUUGUAUCGCUUAUUUUUACGUUUUUUUAUGCAUCAUAAAUAAAGACAAUUCAGAAAAUUAGGUUAGAUAUUUAUUUGUUUGACAUUAGUAUUGCAGAAAUUCGAGGUAGAUAUAUAAACUGCAUUAUUUAUACAUAGUUCUUAUAAAUAUUGAAAUUAAUACGCAGAAGUAUGUAUAUACAGGGUAUUUUCUACGUAAUCACAAACAAACAUUAACACACACACACACACGUACACAAACAACGCAAACACGUACAUGUAGGCACUCACAUUCACAAAUACACGCGCAUAUAUGUACCUUUUACAUAUAAAAGAAAGCAUCAGGUUAUCUGAAAGAGACUCUGAUAGACACUCAGAUUCUACUUCAGAACUUCAUAUUCUAGAUCAAUUACGUUAAAAUAGCGUUUUACCCUAACUCAAUUUUAUAUCAUAUCGUGUUUCACUUCUAUUAAUCACAAAUUUAGUCUAGACAUUAAUUAUUUGAC